UGGGCGACUCCGAGGUCCGCCCCACGCGAAAACUAGAGCGCUGCGAAGGACGAGAGGCAUCAGAAGCCAGCGGCCAAGACAGUUGCAGCCAACUUCGCUCAUCCUCACCUCCCCUUCGGGAAAGGACGUCCUGUAGUCGUCAACGCCUGACGCGUUGAGCUCCUCGUCGAAGCCUGCAGCCGCAUCAGCGUCGAGAAAAGAAUCGGUCCACUGGACUCUACUUAACCUCGAGCGUUCUCAAACCGGCCGGCACGCCCUUCCCAGCGUCCGAGCUUCAAAACUUUGGUAAACCGCUGACCACCUGUGCACUCUCCUCGCUCCACACUUUUCCAGUAGCAGAAUGCAGUCGCAGCUGGUCGCCCUUACCUUAGUAGUCAUUUUCCUUGUGGGAACAGUGGUGGCUGUGCCCUACAACAACUACGAUGACACCCUCUUAGAUGAAUACAAGCAGCGACUCGAGAACUAUUUGAUGUCUGCUGACAAGCGCAGCUGUAUCCGACGGGGUGCAACCUGCGAUGGCCGGCCCAACGACUGCUGCAACCAGUCGGCUUGCCGCUGCAACCUCUGGGGCACCAACUGUCGUUGCCAGAGGGCCGGCCUUUUCCAGUCGCUGGGCAAGAAAUGAGCAGGCCAACACGGCUAACAGCGGUCCACGUCGGUCCGGCGCAAAACAACAACGCCGUCGUCUCUGUGCUCCGGUGUGGAUGUAAAAAAAGAGCUUUGUGUUGUCUUCACAAAUGUCGUUCACUGUCGUACAUUGUUGAGUGCACGCAAGUGGCAGUCUAGUUUGUGUACCGGACGAACAAACUCUGUGGGGUUGGAAGUGGGACAAGCCAAAAUGCGGGCAUAGUCUUCGUUUGUUGCUGUUUUCCUUGAUUUAGUUUUCUCUCUCCGAUGGUCAAGCAGAGCGUCAGCGUUUGAUGCUAGUAAUGACAAGUAACGCUUCGCUCUAUUGACUGAGAUUCGGUCAAUGAGGCCCUGGGUAACAUAGCAGUUCAUACAUUUUCUUUAUCGUACAGGCAAACUGCUGUUUAUUACGAGAAUAACACAUUGUUCUGCAUAUUUGUAGAACUGCUGGCACAGUGUAAUGGCGCCGAGAUACGUGUGUGCUGCUCUAGACGCAGAAGGUUUGAAUCAUUCUCGUUCAUGCCUAGGCUUGAUACAGGACCGAAAAAAUGGGCAUUCUAUGAAUAAAACAUGGCGUAUUAUCUUUGCUGUUUAGCAUGUUUAAAGUGAAAGGCGUUAUACUUUCUGUAUGUAUCAUCUAUAUCGUAAGCAUUGUGUUCACAUCUGUUUGAGAAACUAUGUAGAUUUUAUGGAUGUCACUCAGAGAUGUGAACCCAGGGUGUAUUGUUGGCUUUACUACCUAACAACGUUGUUGUCAGUUAGUGAUUCACUGUGAUCUUGAUGUCGUUGAUUGUUGCUCGUUAGAAAGAAUUGGUAUCCUUACGCUUAUGUGACUGUUGAAAGACAGCAGCUUUGCAUCUUUCCAUAAAUUGUUGGUAUAACUUCGAAUCGUCGUUGCUUGCAUUUAAACUGUACGAAUUAACUGUUAUUUCGCUAGGAUGCGUAACACGUACUGUAUAAGUAUCUUCUGAAUGAUCAUCAUACCGUUCUUGUUAUUCGAGGAGAAAUUUAAGAAAAGAGGGUCCCCUCCGUAGUGGUAUGUUUUUAACGCUGUUCGAUACCAGUAUUACUGUUACUUAAAGUCGUACAAAUUACGAAAAUCAUCGAACACUUUGCCGGAAUAUGUCUCUGCGGAAUGACAUCUCGGAAGCUCCAUGGACAUCGCUUUGCUGAACCUACAUCUACGUGACCAUGGCGACAACCUCAAACCAUGCCAUAAAAUUUUUCGACGUCGCUGUUUUUCCCUUCUUGGUGUUUGCACCUAUGUCUGUCAAAAUAUGCACAAGCGCUCCAGCAAGAUCCCGCGUUUCCUGCACGUAUGUAACCCCCGCACACUGACAUACACUUUGCCGGCAUUGUUAAACUGGUGUAUAGAAAAACCCGAGUGUAUCUUUCUCCUUGAAACAUGUCGUCAAAGAACCAAUGACAAAGCCAUGUAGCUAUUUGGCGUCGCCCUUUCAAUGCAAUUCGCAGCACAGCAUGAGAACGCAUGCCGGUUUGCAAAGAAAUUGUAUAGUUAUCCUUCGUGACCUAACCUUUGCACAAUUUCACCGCCCCUCCUACAAAAAGAAUCAAUUUGAGCAUUAUCUACACAUAGAAACAGAAAUAAUUCUCUGUUCACUUAUUGAAUGCCAAAAAAAAAACGAAGACACGGGAUUUGAGAAGAGAAUUACGUCUACUUUGGCUGACAGUGAAAGUUUCUCACAUAUAGGUUGUUCGUGCAAUAGGGCUUCCUGGGCCACGACCUUCUGUGGCUCCCUUAGAGGAAACAAAAACAGAGGUGACAAACGACUACCCCGGGGUCGAGAAGCUUGAACGAUGCUUCGAAAAGACACGACUUAACCAAAGGCUCUGGACCUGAACGUGUGACACUUGGAUGUACCUCUAUCCCAUUCCUCAGCACGUAUUGCCGUUUCCAUCCUCUAUGCGUGAUCCACAAGAGCGCCGUGCUGUUAAACCGUGCUGCACGUGCUGCUAGUGGGCCCCCAAACAGACACAAUAGUGUUCCUAUUGUCUAUGUUUCUUUUCUCUUUGUCGAUCUCAUUUUUGUAGUCAUGAGUUGUGCGUGAAUAAAGUGGGCAUAUAUUUUCGAGUCCUUUA